AUUGAAAGUCGAGUGUGGGUGGUGACGGUGGCGGCCGCGCAUACGCGACGAAACUGAAUGAAUCGUUCCCAUUGAAGAGUGGAGCGCGAUUCAGUAGUGCGGUGACAACGUCGGGACCAGCAUCAGCCCGCGAAGGGAGUCUAUGACCCCGUUUCGUGCAACUCGCAAGCUCGGUGGACGAGUCGCGUGUGAGGGGAAGAAAGUGUUACAAGCGUGUGAGGUGUGAUUAGUUCGGGCCAAUACGGGCACACCUCGUGAGGGUCAACCCAGCCUAAUUGCUACCUAUUGUGCGCGACCGCGAGCUGUGAGUGACAGACGACAAAUUAUCGAAAACGUAUCGAUAGAACUGCAAAGACUUCUCAAUCCAGAUGAGAAGAUCAAGCUACCGAUCGUACUCAACCGAGCGAUUCGCCACACAUCCACGCUCAAAAUCCAGCCAAUGUAAUCCGUUCAACCGUAACCACACGACGAACGGCUCCAGUGAAUGUGUUUUGCAUAAAACCUGUUGUGCCGACCUAUUCAAACACGAUCGCCGUUCUGAAGAGGUUGUAGUCAUUUGAGGCCGACAAAGCGUUCGCAAUGGCUGUGUUCGGACUGGUCUCGUCGGUGGCCGGAUUCAUCAAGGUCCGGUACCUGAUCGACAAGGCCAUCAUCGACAACAUGGUGUUCCGGUGUCACUAUCGGCUGACCAGUGCCAUACUGUUUCUCAGCUGUGUGCUGGUGACGGCGAACAAUUUGAUUGGUGAUCCGAUUUCGUGCAUCAACGACGGCGCUAUUCCCGGCCACGUGAUCAACACGUACUGCUGGAUCACGUAUACUUUCACGCUGCCCGGCCAGCAUGGUCGCCAGAUUGGCACGGCCGUGGCCCAAUCCGGACUUGGAAACGAGCACAACCAGGAGCGGACGUACCAUAGCUACUACCAGUGGGUGCCGUUCAUGCUGUUCUUCCAGGGAAUCCUGUUCUACAUGCCCCACUGGAUCUGGAAGAACUGGGAGGAGGGUCGCAUGCGGCUCAUCUCGGACGGACUCCGCGGAACGAUGACCCUGGGCCAGGAGGAACGCAAGGGACGCCAGUCCCGACUGGUUCGCUACCUGAUAGAGAGCAUGAAGACGCACAAUAGCUACUCCGUUGGAUACUUUAUCUGCGAGGCACUCAAUUUUGUCAACGUCGUUGGCAACAUCUUUUUCGUGGACAAGUUCCUCGGCGGUGCGUUCAUGACGUACGGUUCGGAUGUGCUCAAGUUCAGCGAGCUCGACCAGGAGAACCGCUCGGAUCCGAUGAUUGAGGUCUUCCCUCGCGUAACCAAGUGUACGUUCCACAAGUACGGAGCUUCCGGUAGCAUCCAGAAGCACGAUGCCCUCUGCGUGCUUGCGCUGAACAUCCUCAACGAGAAAAUCUACAUCUUCUUAUGGUUCUGGUUCAUCAUCCUGUCGGUGCUGUCCGGCCUGGCGAUCCUGUACUCGGCCGCCAUCGUGAUGAUGCCGACGACGCGCGAAGCCGUCCUGAAGCGUCGCUUCCGGUCGGCGAGCUCGUCCCAAAUCGAGAACCUGAUCCGCCGGAUCCAAAUCGGAGACUUCCUGAUGCUGCACCUGCUCGGGCAGAACAUCAACGUGACGUCGUACUGCGAGGUGCUCCAGACGCUGGUCGGCGUCAUGGACGAGGAACGGCCGGGCGACACCCCGUCCGCACCGUCCACCCUCGAAAUGGCCCCAAUCUAUCCGGAAAUUGGAAAAUUCGGCAAGGAAAAAAGCGCUGCACCAGGAAUACGAAGCAUAGGACACAGUGUGUGUGUGUGUAGGCCACAGAGCAAGAAGUGAAAUUUUAACGCAAAUUUCAGAAAACUAGAGUUUGAGUGUGCAUGAUCGAGAAAGAGAAAGAGAGAACGAGAUAGGGAAGUUAGUGGUAGUCGGUGCAAGAAUGUGAACGUACGUGUAGUGUGUUUUCCGAAUCAACAAGUGCAACUAGCGAGCGACGACACAUUCCCAGCUUCCGGAACUAGAAGAAGGACCAAACGCACGAGAGUAGUGUGCACGGAAACCAAUGUUUGCAUAUGUUUGUGUGUGUUUGGAACUCACGAAGCCUUCCAGUUUUACGAAAAGAAGUGAUCGUUUUUUAAGCGAUCCGUCGAAGGACUACUACUGUUCAGGUUGUGCGAUUUCUUCCGGAACACCAAAUCACUGUCAAAAUCGAAUCAAUCGUAGGAAAUGACAAGACUGUCUCUUUUAAAACUUAUAUAUUUUUUAAACGCUGCGUAACAAAAAUGCCUAGCCUAUAGAGUGGAACUACUUCAGAUUUUAGUUUAUUUUUGGAUCAAAAUUUACUGUUUACCUUCUAAACUUAUACACAGCAAGUAGAGUAUUAAAAAUUUAUCGAAAAAGCCGACCCUCAUCGUGAUAGUAUGAAUAAUUGAUAAACACACUCGAAAAAGAAAAAAAACAAGUGAGAGAACGGAGAUAGAGAAGCUCGACCCCCCUUCCAGGGGGAACAAUAUUUUCAAAUUGCCAUACAAUAUAAGACACAAACACACACAUACAUACAAGCGAAAGCACAGACACACACUAACACUGAGACAGGAGCAGAAUUAAUUAAAAAAAAAACAAUAGGCUAGAAUGAAACGCGAUACAAAACACGUGCAACUCAAUACACAAGAAUCUUCGUUAGUGCUCAAAAAAAUUACAAUCAUCCGUAGAGUCAUUAGGAAACAUUUAUCAAUCGAAUUUCACACACGUCACGCACACUAACACGAUUUCGAAACAGUUUAAUGCAACCAUUCGCGAGUAACCUCAUCUCAAAUUUUAGAAAAAAAGGAAAGCUAAAUUUCAUCAUGCAUUUUAAUUUGUAACGAAUUUGUUUUUAUUUUAAAUAAUCAUCAUUGCAUCGGUAGAGACGAAAACAACUCCCAACUUAUUUUUUCCCUUGUUUUAGUAGAUAGAACAAUUUUAAAAAAUUGCAAAACGAGCGUUUAGUGAGCUGCCUUAAGACAACAAACAUAUACCGGUGUGUAAUAUGUACACAUGUUAGGAUGCAAAAGUCUCAUCUCAUUAGAUUUUAGAACGGAAGUGAAAGGAAUAGAGCCAAGAGCUUUUAGAAUAUUCUUCUGUGCAUUUUUUUUUAACCAUGCUCUAGUUCGUAGGUAUUUUUUCUUCUCCAACAAACAACACACUCUUCCAACCCGAACCGACAUCAUAUCAAGAAAACGCAACUGAGCGCGCAAAGCAAAAAGACAAUCUGCAGGAACGUAGGCUGGGCGAUUGAAGCUGUUUUUAGAAGUUUUUGCCCUCGGAACAAACUUAAUUUUAGUAGAACCGCAAUGAAGUUAGGUUGAAAAAUUUGCAUUUAAAUCACUUUUUCAAACAAAUGACAAUAAAGAGACACAUUCCAGAGCAAGAGCAAUCUCGAACGGGGAGCGUUAGCUUGUAAAAUGUCUUCAACUGCAUUUAUAGAAACACAGUGAUCGAAAGAGCAUAAAUACUACUUCUUUGGAAAAAAUAAAACUGGCAAGAAGGGAAGAGAAAUUUUAUUGUGAUAAGAUUCCUGAUAGAUAAAUAAAAUGUUUUAUAAGAAA